CUGGAUCAGAUCGGAUAUCCGCUUCCAAAAUUUUAAUAUUUGUGAUUUGCCCUGAUUUUAAUGAAUAAUUAUUUUUAGUAUUUGCUUUGAUUCGAAGAUGUACGGAUAUUCAGAAUUUUCGGAUCAAAUCGAAACAAAUAAUGAAUCGAAUCAAAUUUAACGGAUAAAAUGUCCAGCCCUACUAGCUAGUAUACAAAAUGGUCGUGGUCUUUUCGGUCAAGUAAGAUGUUGAUUGCCCUAUAUUGGUCUUUAAUCUAAAGUGGUUAAAGCUAGGGUUUGCACAAGCCUACUACUUGGUAUUUUUGGUAUAUUUAGUACUCGGCUUGUCUUGUUCGAGUAGUUAAAUUUUGGACUUGUACUUGGUUUGGUGAAAAUGAGUACUUACGGUUUUAAGUAUUUGCUAAAAAUUGACGGACUUACAAGUUACUUGCAUUGUUUUAUUACUUGUUACUUGCACGUUACUUACAAGUUACUUGAUAAUUAUUAGUAAAUUAUUUGAUAAUCCAUUGGAAUUUAAAGGUAAAUAACUUUAUUAUAUAUAAAUAGCAUGUCAUUGUUUUUCAUGUGUAUUAGCCAACUCCGGAAAUAAAAUAUAUAAUAAGAAGAAAAUUCCAAGAUAUAUAUAUAUAAAUAUAUAAUUUAUGUUUGAUUCACUUCUGAAUAUAUAAAUAAAUGAGUUAUAUUUGUGCAUUAACAAAAAAUGAGUAACAAAUCAAAAAACACUAAGUAGUUAAUUUUCUUUUAAUAUUUAAUAUUCUUUUGUACGUACAAGUAAUUGAAAUUGAUUAUUUGAUUCGAUUUGUACAGAACAAGUACUCGUCUUUAAAAAUCAUGUACCGAUCAAGUACCAAAUAGAAGUUAAGUAAAAUUAUUUGUGGCCACUUAUAAAAUGGAAUAGAUAAAUUUUAAUUAACUAAUGAAAUAGAUAUCUAGUAUUUAAUAAAUAAAAGAGACAAGUAAAUGAUAACAAGUAACGAACCAAGUAUUUAAAAAUAAAAAUGAAUUUGAUACUUGACUGCGUGUAAUAAAAUAUGUUUACUUGUUACUCGACUUGAUUGUAUCAAGUACUUAUUUUUUCAAGCCGAGCCGAAUCAAGUACCAAGUACCAGCCAGAUAUCAAGUAAUUGUGCCUAACCCUAGUUAGAACAUGAUUAAUGGGGGAGGUCCUAAUGAAAUUCUUAUAGCAUGAUUUGUUACUUUUUUUUUGUUAAGAGACAUAUUUUAUAUCUCUUAUUUAUGAUAUGUUUGUUAGUUAAAAGUUAUUCUUUCUUUUUUAAUUUCUAAUUACACUAAGAUAUCUUCCCAAAAAGAUCCCAUUGAUCAUGGUCUUAGUUGCCUUAUUGGAAAUUAAAUCACAAUAAACCAGUAAAUUAAACAAGGAUAAUCUGUUGGUCUUUGUCUUAGAGUAACUCUUAUUAACUUGAUGUCCAUAUCUAUUUUAUACGCAUUUUGAAACUAAGGAAAUUUUUUUUCUCUUCAGCCACCAACCUAAAAACUUUUCACUCAAUAAAAGGGCAAUCUCACAAAUCAGAAACGAUUCACUAACUUUCUGUUCUCUUUGUAGCUCCCAGUAUAACAAAAUGAAUAACUUUAUGAAAUUAUUCGCUGUUUUUGUCUUGUUUGUCCAAAUCCAAAUAGCCUUGUCUCAAUCAAAUUUGUCUCCUCCGGGACCUAAUCUUAUACAGCAACUCUGCAAAAGCAACCGUUAUCAAACUCUAUGCGUCUCUACUCUUAAUCUUGAUCCUAGAAGCAAAACCUCCGAUAUCCAAGGGCUUGCGUCGAUCUCUAUCGAUGCGACGACGAAGAAAGUGAAAGAAUCGUUAGAUUACCUCACCUCCGUCUAUAAGAAAAUUGGAGGAGGUGGCCGUGGAGACGUCGAGAGAUACGGAACUUGCAUGGAGGAGUACGGUGCGGCGGCUAAUAGGUUUUUACCGGCAGCUUUGGGUGAUCUAAAGGCUAAGAAGUAUUCUCUGGCGAUGUCUGACAUGAAAGAAGUUGUGUCUGUGCCUGGUAUUUGUGAAGACCAGUUCGCAGGAUAUUGUCCGUUGCCUGUUACCCAACGUAACAAAGCCGUGCAUGAUAUCGCCGAUAUGACUGCUGACAUCAUCAAAACUUUUGUCAAAUAGAUGAUAAUUUUGAUAUAUAUUUUUUUUUGCGAUUAGUGUUGCAAAAAAAUUCGAAAGGAAAAUUAGUAAUAUACUCCGUGUUCAAUAAAACCGAAUAAAUAUGUUUUUAUCAUUACUGUUGACGA